UCAUUUUUCUCUAUCAAAAAAAAAAAAAAUCUUCAUUUUUUGCUUUCACUCUCAAAUCUAAGAUCAAAUUCUACAAAUUUCUUCCUUUUUCAUCUUCCAGUUUUUGUUCUCUUCUGCUUUUAUCUCAACCACAAGAUACAUUUUUAAUCUGGUUCGGGGGUCAGCUCUGAUGGUUUCAGCCCCCUCCCGAUCGCAGUUGCGGGGAUGAUAAGCUAAAUUUUAAUAAUGGAUUUUAUACCGUGUUCGAAAUUUCUGAGGCUUUCCAAUUUAUAUAGUUGAAUGAUGGAUGUUGAGGGUACUGAUAAGCCAAAUUUUGGCGGUAGUGAUGAUGAUGGAAACUUAUUUGUUUCAUGUGAAGACUUUGAAUUUGAAGAUGAUGACGAUGACGACGACGAUGAUGAUCAUAUUCCUUUGUCACCAAGGUUUCCCCGGAUUUCGAGUUUGGGAACAUGCAGUAAUAAGGGCGGUGCUUCAGUUGAGAAGAAGCCUACUUGUCCUAGGCCAGUUAAAAGGCUGUUUGAUAAUACCAAUUGCAACUCCUUGCAUAUUUCUGUUAAGAAAUCAAAGGUGUUACCAUCUGAUGAUCAACAUAAAGAUGAAGAUGAUAUUCGUAUGUCGGGUAUAAUUAAAAGGCUGGGAAAAUCAACUGAGAAACCAUUUUCCUCGCUGAAGAAAGACAUUGCAUCGUUAGAAGAAUUAUUCGAGGAUUGCAAAAGGAAGAAUCAAGUAGAAGAGAAGAGAUGGAAGUCCAUACAGAGAGAGAUUGAGGAGUGUUCCAGAGAGCUUGAAAAUAAGAAAAAUCAAGUUGGUUGUGUUGGAAGAAUUAGCGAAGCUCACAACAAACUGCAGGAGAAAAUUGAAAAAUGUAUGGAGGAUUUUGUAGCAAAGGAAGUACAGCUCUAUUUGAUGGAGGAAUUGAUUGAAGAGUGCAAGCAAGAGUUUAAGACAAAAGAGAUAGAACUUAUUCAUGUCAAGGGUAAUAUUUCAAAAGAAAUAGAACCUGGUCAAAUCAUUGAUGACAUUGAUGAGGACCGUGGAAGUAAGGAAGAGGAACUCAAGGCUCUUUCCCAAAAAAUUGCUGAAUCUACUAUGGAACUUGAGGCCAAAGAGAAAAAUCACGAUGCAAUAAAAAAAGUAAUUGCCGGACAAACAGAAAAAUUAUUGUUGGAAAGGAAGAAGUUACUACAGGUAAUAUCAAUAAGGAAGAAUGAACAAGCUCAAAUGAAGGACUUUGAGUUAAUGAAGAAGCGAUUGGAAAGUCAUGUUGAGGAACUUCAGUCAAAAGAGAAGCAAUGUAAGCGACGGGAGGAGGAGUAUGAGUCAAAGGAGAAGCACUUUGAAGGACGAGUAAAGGAGUUGGAAUCAAGAGAGAAGGAGCUUGAAGGCCGAUUGAAGGAGCAUGAAUCGAAUGAGAGAGAAUUUAAAGGCCAAGUGAAUGAUUUGGUAUCAAAACAGAAUAAUUUCGAUAGCCGAAUGAAGGAACUUGAGUCAAAAGAGAAGCAAUGUAAGCGACAGGUGGAGGAGUAUGAGUCGAAGGAGAAGCACUUUGAAGGACGAGUGAAGGAGUUGGAAUCAAGAGAGAAGGAGCUUGAAGGCCGAUUGAAGGAGCAUGAAUCGAAUGAGAGAGAAUAUAAAGGCCAAGUGAAUGAUUUGGCAUCAAAACAGAAUCAUUCCGAUAACCGAAUGAAGGAGCUAGAGUCAAGAGAGAAGCAACAUGAAGACCGAAUGAAAGUGCUUGAAUCAAAAGAAAGAGAAUAUGAAGGCCAAUUGAAGGAGCUGGAAUCUAAAAAGUACCAUUUUGAGAGCCAAGUCAAGGAGGUAGAAUCAAAAGCUAACCAACUUGUAGGCCAAAUGAAGGAGCUUGAAUCAAAAGAGAGCAAAUUUGAAUGCGAAAUGAAGGAGCUGGAAUUGACAAAGAAGCAAUUUGAAAUCCGAAUGAAGGAGCUUGAAUCCAAAGAAAAGCAACUUGAAGGCCGCUUGGAGGAGCAUAAAUCAAAAGAGAAGGAAUUUGAGCACCAAGUAAAGGAGUUGGAAUCUAGAAAGAAGCAUUUUGAAAGAGAGGUGGAGGAGCUCAAAUCAAAAUUGAGUCCAUUGAAAGAACAAGUUGAGGAACUUGACUCUAAAGAGAAGCAACUUGAUUGCAAAAUGAACGAGCUGGAUUUUAAAAAGAAGUUGUUUGAAAGUCAAGUGAAGGAGUUAGAUUCAAAAGAUAACCAACUUGUAUGCCAAAUGAAGGAGUUUAAAUUAAAAGAGAGGGAAUUUGAAGGCCAAGUGAAGGAGCUGGUAUCAAAACAGAACCAUUUUGAAUGCCGAAUGAAGGAGCUUGAGUCAAAAGAGAAGCAACAUGAAGGCCUAGUGAAGGAGCAUGAAGCAAAAGAUAGAGAAUUGGAAGGCCAAGUGAAGGACCUGAAAUCUAAAAAGGAGAAGUUUGAAAGCCAAGUGAUGGAGUUAGAGUCAAAAAAUAACCAACUUGUAGGCCGAAUGAAGGAGUUAGAAUCAAAAGAGAAAGAAUUUGAAGGCCAAACAAAGGAGCUGGUAUUGAAACAGAAACUUUUUGAAAGCCAAAUGACGGAGCUUGAGUCGAAAGAGAAGCGACUUGUAGGCCGAUUGGAGGAGCAUGAAUCCAAUGUGAGGGAAUUUAAAGCCCAAGUGGAGGAGCUGGAAACUGAAAAGAUGAAUUUUGAAAGCCGGAUGAAGGAGCUUGAGUCAAAAGAGAAGCAACAUGAAGGCCGAAUGAAAAUGCUUGAAUCAAAAGAAAGAGAAUAUGAAGGCCAAUUGAAGGAGCUGGAAUCUAAAAAGUAUCAUUUUGAGAGCCAACUCAAGGAGGUAGAAUCAAAAGAUAACCAACUUGUCGGCCAAAUGAAGGAGCUGGAAUCUAAAACAAAACAUUUAGAAAGCAAGAGGGUGGAGUUCAAAUCAAAAUUGAGGCCAUUGCAAGGACAAAUUAAGGAACUUGAAUCCAAAAAGGAGCGACUUGAUGUACAAGCGAAGGAGCUAGAAUCAAAACAGAAAUUGUUUCAAAGCCAAAUGAAGGAGUUAGAGUCAAAAGAGAACCAACUUGUAAGCCAAAUGAAAGAGUUUGAAUCAAAAGAGAGGCAAUUUGAAGACCAAAUGAAGGAGCAGGUACUGAAACAAAAGCAUUUUGAAAGCCGAAUGAAGGAGCUUGAGUCAAAAGAGAAGCAACAUGAAGGCCGAGUGAAGGAGCAUGAAUCAAAAGUGAGAGAAUUUGAAGGCCAAAUGAAGGAGCUGGAGUCUAAACAGAAGUAUUUCGAAAGCCAAAUGAAGGGGUUUGAUUCAAAAGAGGAGCAACAUGAAUGCCGAGUGAAGGAGCAUGAAUCCAAAGCGAGAGAAUUCGAAGGCCAAGUGAAGGAGCUGGAAUCUAAAAAGAAGCAUUUUGAAAGCCAAGUGGAGGAGCUCAAGUCAAAAGAGAGGCAAUUGAAAGGACAAGUUAUGGAACUGGAGUCCAAAGAGAAGCAAUUUGAUGGUCGGGUGAAGGAGUUGGAAUCAAAAGAGAAUGAAUUUGAAGGCCGGGUGAAGGAGCUAGAAUCAGAAAAGAAGCAUUUCAACAGUCAAGUGAUGGAGCUCAAAUCAAAAGGAAAGCAGUUUGAAGGACAGAUAAAGGAAUUUCAGGCAAAAGAGGAGAAAUUUAAAGGGAAAGUUAAGGAGCUUGAAUCAAAGGAGCUGGAAUUCGAAUGUCAAGUUAAGGAGCUCGAAUCAAAAAAGAAGCUUUUUGAAAGCCAAGUUGAGGAUUUUAAAUUAAAAGAGAAGCAGUUUGAAGGACAACUGAGGGAGCCUGAGUCAAGGAAGAAAUAUAUUAACGAGGAAAAAGAAUCGGUUGCAUCUGAUCAAUUAAGUCGUAUCGUUGGUGGAACAAGUUUGCAGUUGGAUACAAGUGAGAAAAUUGAUGGAGUUGAGUCACAUUACAAUGGUAGUUUAGUUAAUAUGCUAGACUCACCAGAUCCUUCAAGAGCUGUUUUGGAUAUGAUACAGAACCCCGUUAUUCCAAUGUGUAAGAUGGGAGAUAAUGCUGUGAUUAUUGAUGAUUGCCACAUCUUUCUGCUAGAACAACUGAUGAGAACCUCUCCAAAUAUUGAACCUUGUGUAAGAGAAGAAGCGUUGAAGCUAGCACUUGAUUUGAAAGCUUACAUGAAAGAAAAUACUGAAAAUUCUUUGGUUGUUCUGGGUUUUCUACUGCUUUUGUCGAUUUAUGGAUUGCUUGAUUCUUUCAAUGAAGAUGAAGUUUUGGAGCUUUUUGCAUUUGUUGCUCAGCACAAGAUUGCCGUGGAACUGUUUGGAACCCUGGGUUUUACAAAUAAAGUUUCUGAUUUUGUUAAAAAUCUUACCACGAGGAAGCAAUUUGUUGCAGCUGUUAGAUUCAGUUGUGCAUAUAGCUUGGCUGACAAGAAUCAAUUAGUUGUUAUGUUGCGAGAACACGUCCAGAAUGCCAAACUGAUUUGUGACAGCAGUUGUGAGAAAACCAACGCUAUAGAAAUCAAGGAUAAGGCCAAAGAUCAAGAAAUUGCUAGUCUGGGAACUGUUCUACAAUGCAUUUUGGAUUGCGACCUACAAUCUGAGGAUAUGCUGCUUGAUAAGGAUAUUAAAUAUCGCAUUCUUGAGCUCAAAGCAAGUAAAGGCAUUUAGAUUUUGUACCGUAACAACCUAUGUAAAGAAAUGUGGUAAUGGAAGCUUGCUAACAUGACUCUCUCUGUAUCUUUACUCUAUGUAUAAAGUCUAAUUAUUAGGAAUGAAUGAAAACUCAUGAGAUAUAAUUAACAGGGUUAUCUUUAUUUCUUGUGUACCUUUUCUUUCCCAUGUUUUUAUGUGUUUAUUUUUUAGAGGUUUAAAUUAGUUAUUAUGUAGAAAUGUUUAGUUAUUUGGAGUACAUGCCAUAUGUUAUUAAUUAAUCAUAUCAGUAGCAUUUUUUAAAAUGUAGUAGAUCUUUUAUAACAAAACUGUCUAUUUCUUUUGAAAUAAAGGAGGAUCCUUAACCCUUGAA